AGACAACGCUGCUGGGAGAAGAUGGCUUCAUUUCCUGAUGGUCCUGAUUUGAGAAUCGUGAUGAUUGGAAAAACUGGUGUGGGUAAGAGUGCUGUUGGAAACACCAUUCUGGGAGACAAAUGUUUCAAAUCCCGUCCCAGUUCAGAGUCAGUGACUAAGUCCUGUGAGAAAGGUAAGAAACGCUGGGAUACCAGAGAGGUUAUUGUGGUAGACACACCAGGGAUCCUGGACACUAAGAUGUCCCCAGAAUUCAUCAAAAAAGAAAUUGUGAGAUGUGUGGAAGUGUCAUGUCCUGGUCCUCAUGUGUUCCUGCUGGUCAUCCAAGUCGGUCGAUUCACUAAGGAAGAGAAAAACUCUGUGGAAGCCCUGCAAGAGCUGUUUGGUCCUAAAGCUAACCAGUACAUGAUCGUGCUGUUUACCCGUGGUGGUGAGCUUGGAGACAUGACCAUACAAGAGUAUGUGCGUGAGGGCCAGCCAGACCUUCGACGAGUCAUCCAAAGCUGUGGUAACAGGUUCCACGUCUUUGACAACACCAGUAAAGACAUAAGUCAAGUGGUGGAGCUGGUCAGGAGGAUCGAUGACAUGGUUGCAGGAAACGGGGGGGCAUGCUACACAGAUGCCAUGUAUCAAGAAGUGCAUCGACAAAAGAAAAGUGGAGGUACUCCCUCAUACAGCUUUCUCAGUGCACUGUUCCAGCGUAUUUUAAAAUUUCUAGACCUUCUUGGUCGUUAAAAAUAACCAAUAAUCAGUAGCCUAAAGAUAUCAUCAAUAUCCAUUUAAAACAAGACAGCUCACACACACACACACACACACACACACACACACACACACACACACACACACACACACACACACACAUUUACAGUAGAUAGUGUAGUGCUAUUUUGUGUGGAUUGAUACCAUGACAAAAACCAUGUACCAACUGCAACAUGGAGACUAUGAUGAGACCAACAUCUAGUUAAAAAUGUUUAAUGUUGACGCAAAUGCUUAAUGAUGUACGUUAUGAAAAUCGAGAGAAGAGUAAUGUACUGAGAAAUUGCAGACAUACACAAUUAAUUUUAUACAUAUAGUCACAUAUUCAUAUACUCAUUUAGUCAUUUACUCUUAUAUUCAUGUACUCAUAUAUAUAUAUAUAUAUAUAUAUAUAUAUAUAUAUAUAUAUAUAUAUAUAUACUUAUUGAAGUUACAAAACGUUUGCUCAUUUACUCUUGUAUUCAUGCACUUAUAUUAUGCUUAUUGAAGAUGCAAACGUUUAAAGAGGAGGGAAAUGUUGGAAAUGUUAGAAAAACUAAACGACUCUUCUUGUUUCUGUUAAUAUUAAACUGUUUUGCCAAAAUACUGCUGACGUUUUCACGAGAUAAAUCUUGAGAGCCUCUUCCUGACAUUGUGGGAGACAUCAUCGCCUAUUGUAUUCUGACUUCCUUUUUUCUCUUAGAAAAAGUGCUGGUAGAAGGUUUUCGUCAGUCAUUUGCUGUACUUAUGCUGUGAGUGCUGUGAAACUGACUCUACUUGCAAGUAAACAGACUUUGAGACAAUUUCAGUGAUUCUGUCCAUUCCUUGAUGAAUAAUUAUCAUAACACAGGUUAUCACUUAUGCUGAUUGUCAUGUGAAAAAUGAGUUUUAAAUAUAAAAUGUAGACCAAAUAAAGCCUGAUGUGCAUGUAACAUGACUUGUCUCUGCUACGCAAACCUUUUCUUGAUUGUAUAAAAUGCAUAAUAAUAAUGAAAUAAAAAAAGUUCAGAACUUAA